UCUACGUCUUGUUUUCCCUGCUCUGUGUUUUCUGCUCGUGGACGCCCAGCCUCUGUGCCCUGUGGCCUGCAGGUAUUGGGAGACCCACAGCUAAGACGCCGGGACCCCCUGGAAGCCUAGAAAUGGGACCAUUGACAUUUAGGGAUGUGGCCAUAGAAUUCUCUCUGAAGGAGUGGCAAUGCCUGGACACUGCACAGCGGAAUUUAUAUAGAAAUGUGAUGUUAGAGAACUACAGAAACCUGGUCUUCCUGGGUAUUGCUGUUUCUAAGCCAGACCUGAUCACUUGUCUGGAGCAAGGGAAAGAGGCCUGGAGUAUGAAGAGACAUGAGAUCAUGGUGGCCAAACCCACAGGUUGUCUAUCAAAAAGAAUGUCGUAUGAGCUAUUGAGAAAGAUGUAUAUCCUGAUGUUACUGAGGAGUGUUCUCUAUGCCUCUGUUAGAAUUAUGUGUUCUCAUUUUGACCAAGACCUUUGGCCAGAGCAGAAUAUAAAAGAUUCUUUCCAAAAAGUGACACUGAAAAGAUAUGGAAAAUGUAGACAUGAGAAUUUACCAUUAAGAAAAGGCUGUGAAAGUAUGGAUGAGUGUAAGAUGCACAAAGGAGGUUGUAAUGGACUUAACCAAUGUCUCACAGCUACCCAGAGCAAAAUAUUUCAAUGUGAUAAAUAUGUAAAAGUUGCUCAUAAAUUUUCAAAUUCAAACAGACAUGAGAUAAGACAUACUAAAAAGAAACCUUUCAAAUGUAGAAAAUGUGGCAAAUCAUUUCGCAUGAUUUCAUGCCUAACUGAACAUAGCAGAAUUCAUACUAGAGUAAAUUUCUACAAAUGUGAAGAAUGUGGAAAAGCCUUUAACUGGUCCUCAACCCUUACUAAACAUAAGAGAAUUCAUACGGGAGAGAAACCUUACAAAUGUGAAGAAUGUGGUAAAGCCUUUAACCAGUCCUCAAACCUUAUUAAACAUAAGAAAAUUCAUACUGGAGAGAAACCCUACAAAUGUGAAGAAUGUGGCAAAACUUUUAACCGAUCCUCAACUCUUACUACCCAUAAGAUAAUUCAUACUGGAGAGAAACCCUACAAAUGUAAAGAAUGUGGUAAAGCUUUUAACCGAUCUUCAACCCUUACUACCCAUAGAAAAAUUCAUACUGGAGAGAAACCUUACAAAUGUGAAGAAUGUGGCAAAGCCUUUAAGCAGUCUUCAAACCUUACUACACAUAAGAUAAUUCAUACUGGAGAGAAACCCUACAAAUGUAAAAAAUGUGGAAAAGCCUUUAACCAGUCUGCACACCUUACUACACAUGAGGUAAUUCAUACUGGAGAGAAACCCUACAAAUGUGAAAAAUGUGGAAAAGCCUUUAAUCAUUUCUCACACCUUACUACACAUAAGAUAAUUCAUACUGGAGAGAAACCUUACAAAUGUAAAGAAUGUGGUAAAGCUUUUAAACACUCUUCAACCCUUACUAAACAUAAGAUAAUUCAUACUGGAGAGAAGCCUUACAAAUGUAAAGAAUGUGGAAAAGCUUUUAGCCAAUCCUCAAAACUUACUGAACAUAAGAAAAUUCAUACUGGAGAGAAACCCUAUGAAUGUGAAAAAUGUGGCAAAGCUUUUAACCAGUCCUCAAAUCUUACUAGACAUAAGAAAAGUCAUACUGAAGAGAAACCUUACAAAUGUGAAGAAUGUGGCAAAGGUUUUAAAUGGCCCUCAACCCUUACUAUCCAUAAGAUAAUUCAUACUGGAGAGAAACCAUACAAAUGUGAAGAAUGUGGCAAAGCUUUUAACCAAUCCUCAAAACUUACCAAACACAAGAAAAUUCAUACUGGAGAGAAACCCUACACAUGUGAAGAAUGUGGCAAAGCCUUUAACCAGUCCUCAAACCUUACUAAACAUAAGAGAAUUCAUACUGGAGAAAAACCUUACAAAUGUGAAGAAUGUGACAAAGCUUUUAAAUGGUCCUCAGUCCUUACUAAACAUAAGAUAAUUCAUACCGGAGAAAAUUACAAAUAUGAAAAUUAUGGCAAAGCUUUUAACCAAUUUACAAGUCUUACUAAACAUAAGAAAAUUUAUACUGGAGAGAAACUACUAACCUGAAAGAUGUGACAAUAAUUUUGACAACACCUCAGACUUAUAAAAGUAAUCAUACUGGUGAGAAAUUCUAAAAAUGUGAAGAAUAUGGCAAAGUCUUUAAAUGGUUGUCACACUUUAUUUUAGGUAAGAUAAUUCAUAUUGGAACAAACUACAAGUGCGAACAAUGUGGCAAAACUUAAUUUAUGCUCACACCUUAUUGCACAGAAAAGAAUUUUUAGUUGAGAAAAAGUACACAAAUAUAAAGAAUGUGGAAAAGCCGUUAAUAUCUGCUCACAUCUUACUCAGCACCAGAAAGUACUUAAUAAAAGCAUUAUAAAUUAAAUUAUUGUCAAAAGAGCAUUCAGAAAAUAUAAGCCUUUAAUGUGAAAAAGAGUAACCAUUUUGAAGACAAACAUUGCAAAUUUAAAGAGGGUUGUAGUACCUUUAUUUGUAUCACAAAUCUUACUGUACAGAUUUUGUACUAGAGGAAACCCCUGAAGCAGUUGCUUAAACUUUGUUUAAAAUCAGAGAUUCUUUUUUUUUUUCUUUUUGAGAUGGAGUUUCGCUCUUGUUACCAAGGCUGGAGUGCAAUGGCACAAUCUUGGCUCGCCAGAACCUCUGCCUCCCGGGUUCAAGCAAUUCUCUUGCUUCAGCCUCCUGAGUAACUGGGAUUACAGGCAUGUGCCACCACGCCUGGAUAAUUUUGUAUUUUUGGAAGAGACAGGGUUUCUCCAUGUUGUUCAGGCUGGUCUCAAACUCCUGACCUCAGGUGAUCCACCUGCCUCAGCCUGCCAAAGUUCGGGGAUUACAGGCGUGAGCCACCACACCUGGCCAACAUCAGAGAAUUUAUAUUUGAGAAGAACCCUACAAAUGUAACAAAUUUUGAAAAACUUUUUCAAAAACUACAGCUUAAAAAGCAGCAGAGGAUUCAUACUAAAAUAUAUUUUUGCAGAUGCAGUAGAUAUAAAAAUAUAUUUAAUCCAAAGUUAAGUUUAUGUAAAUAUCAGAGGAUUCACAGUAGAAAUAUCUAAGGUGCUGGCACUUCAGACACCACACUAAAUCAGAGUGCUGAGUAUAGAAAAUAAUCCAAAACUAAAUUUGGUGGAUAAAUUAUUUGUAUAUAACUUUAAAAGAAGUAGAACUUUUUUGCAGAGUUUUAAUUACAAAGUAUACUUUUUUCCUUAAAAAAGUUAGGUUUUUUUGAAAAGCAAAUAAUCAUGUCAUUCAACUUUCAAAUUACUUCAUGCUCUUUCUUCUUCAUUGCUAUUAUAUUCACAUGUGAAAGCGUGAUCAGUGGUUGCUACAUCAAAGAUAGGAGAUUUUUUUUUUCUUAGGUGGUCAUUAUUUAUGACCUUUUCUAUUAAAGAAUAAGAACAUUAGGCUGGGCACAGGGCUUAUACGUAUAAUCCCAGCACUUUGGGAAGCUGAGACAGGCAGAUCAUGAGGUCAGGAGUUCGAGACCAGCCUGGCCAAUAUGGUGAAACCCCAUCUACUAAAAACUACAAAAAUUAGCUGUCCACUGUGGCACGCACCUGUAACCCCAGGUACUCGGGAAGCUGAGGCAGGAGAAUCACUUGAACCCAAAAGGCAGAGGUUGCAGUGAGCUGAGGUCACGCCACUCCACACUAGCCUGGGCAACAAAGCAAGACUCCAUCUCAAAAAAAAAAAAAAAAAAAAAAAAGAAGUACACUAUUCUUACGUAUGCUCCAGCCUGGGUGACAGGGCGAGACUCCAUCUCAAAAACAAAAAAGCAGCGCACCAGCAUGGCACAUGUAUACAUAUGUAACUAACCUGCACAAUGUGCACAUGUACCCUAAAACUUAAAGUAUAAUAAAAAAAAGAAAAAAAAAAACCAUUGUACCACCAAAAAAAAAAAAAAUAAUAAGAACAUUAAAACGUAAGAUGCAUGAUGAAAAUCUAAGUGGUGGGGCUCUUUGCGGUUAACAUAAUAUUGAGUGAUAUAUGAGGUGGUUGUUUAGAGUAAUAUUCUUCUGCAUUAUAGUAAAUGUAAAACAUUUUUAAUUUUAGUUAAAAUUACUAAUAUAUUAUUUUACUAAUUAUAUUUCUAUGUAAUAAAAUGCAGUACAUUUUUUUUCAGACUACAUGUAAACUUAGUUUUAUAAUUAAACUUUUUUAAACAUAUGAUCAUUGUGCAUUCAAUGAUGUGUUGUGAUGCCACUAAGUUUAACCUAUCUACCUUACUCAAGAACGCAGUUAAAAGACGGUUACAGUGUGCAAGUUGGUAACAUAAUGAACUAACAUCUCUUUUGCCAGUGGCUUCAAACUGCAAAUAGGUUAAAGAAUAUUGUUCUUGUAGGUUAAAUUUUUAUUCUUUUUUUCUUACAUGAACUUAUUUUUAAAAUUUUUUGUGAGUACAUAGUAUGUGUAUAUAUUUAUGCCAUAUAUAGAAUAUUUUGAUACAGGCAUAUAAUAUGUAACAAUCACAUCAGGGUAAGUGAAGUAUCCAUCACCUCCAGCAUUACCCUUUGUAUUACAAACCUAUUCUACACAUUUAGUUCUUUUGAAAUGUGCAAUUGUUAUUGGUUACAGUAACCAAUUUGCAUGGAAUGUCUACUUCCAUCUGGCCACUUUGGCAAGUGGCAAGAUUUUGGUCAUGAUUUUGUUUUAUGGUCAUAAUAAGAAUUGUAUAGAAGUAUUAAUAAAAUCCAUACAUUUCUGAAUUCUGAAUAAACAUUUAAAAAUUUGUUAAUA